CAGUCCUGGCAUAUGGGCUGAUUUCCUUCCAGGCCACCUGUGUGGUCCUGUGAGGAUCAAAAUCCUCAAAGGUAGCUGUGUUUCCCAGAUUUCCAACAGUUUUCAAUUUAAACAAUCUAUGUGCAAAGUAGUGGCUAUGUGCUUACUCAGAUGAGUUGGGAUUUUACUAUCUUCAUCAUCUCUGUUUUUACAGCUUGUAUCAGGAACCCAGAAAAUUGUAGCAUUUAUUUAACCGAGUGUUGCAAAUGUUGGUUAGAUGUCAGUAAUGGACAUGAGAUACAGACAUCUUGCUCUGGACAAAGUGGCAACAUUAAGUGGUUGGAAGUAGAUAUCUAAAUAGGACAUACAAGUUUUGUCCUAAAAUUGCCUGUUUUUCUCCACAGACUAUAAAGACAACUAAGAUGAGUUGUUUUUUGUAUAGACAUGCACAGCAUAAGUGUAUUUCUGGCUAUUAUCUGUGCAAGAUUUUUUCCUCAUACAGAUGAUAUAGCCUGUAUGGAAUAGUAGUGAAAUUAUGUGUUAACCUGUCAUAACCAAACAUUCAGAAAAAGAAAUUACUGAUCUAAGUCUUUGGCUUUGCUUUCCUAAGGUUUGUUAAAUGUAAAAUUAGCAUUAACACAGUGAAUUAACAAGUUUGACUGGUGGAGUUGUAUCUAUUUCCAAAUGUGUCCCAAAUGUGACAGAGUGAAGGAGGAAAUAAAACAUGAGAAUGAGAUUUCAUGGAAGUGGUCAGAUAAGCUCAUUCUGGAAGAUACAGAAUGAUUCCUUUUUUUGUUCUAAUAACCAGGAACUUGGUACACAGGGUGAAGAUGUACACUCAUCUGUUGCAGAUUUUCCUAAAUGGGUGCUUUUAGACUCCAGCUUCCUUCAUUCCUGGGAUGGUCUGACUGCAGAGAGUCCGUGGUUGUUUUCUAAUGAGUCUCUGGUUCUCUAAUGAGACUGUGGUUUGUUUUCUAAUGAGUAUUUUCCUGGCAGUUGUUUGUCUUAUCUGGAACAGAAUCCUUGGAACGCCUUUCUCCAUCUUUGAGACGUCUUGUGUGAAUGACCUGCCAGUAGCCUUCACAGCCCUGAACAUCAGUUCAGCUGAGAAGCUUUUGAAAAUGUUGUAUUUUUUGGUUUUGCAAUUAGAUAUCAGUGUUAUUUCUGGAGCUCUGUAGGCGCACUAGGUUACUGUUGCUACUGUAGCUUUCACUGAGUACUCUUUUAAUUCCCAAGGAGCAUAGGGGAGUCAAUGGAAUGAUGCCAGCAACUGGUUUGGGCUCCCUGAGGAAAGAAGCAGCAAAGUGGGAUGAGCUUUAUAACCUCUGUGCUUGCAAGGUCUUCAGAGGAGAGAAGUAGUGACUCUAUAUAGUCAGUUACCUGAUUUUUAACAAGGUGCUUUUUAAAGAUUUUUUUUUCUUUCAGUUUUUGUUGUUAAAUAACCAGGAAACUUCAGAAGCAGUAUUUUUAAUAUUUUGUUUAUUUUUGACAUGUGGAAUGGAUGAUGGAUAGAGUCAUUAAUUUGAAAGUAAGACAUUUACCCAGCUUAUUUGGUAGCUGCAGGACGCUACGGAUUUUGCCUUUUUUAAAACUUUAAUAAAUGAACUGUGUUUGCAGUAGUGGAAAGUCUGCACACUGGUGUGAUGGCGUUCAUCUUUCUUGUUUUAUAUUUUUCUUUCUUUCUCUGCCUCUGUGCUUUGGUGUGCCUUUAUUUUUCUGGCUGCCAAGAAAUGACAUAUAAGCAUGAAGGUAAGAAGUUACUGAUGAGCACAUCUGAUUGCAUUACAAGGAAAUAUACCUUGGAUCAUUUUCAUCAUGUUUGAUUAAGUCCCUUAAAAUGAGAUAUUUAAAUGUAAAGUGAAACUACUUUAGCAACAGAGAAUUCAGAUUAUAUUGAAAUCUGCAUAUAAUAUAGUUUAUGUGUCACUAUUGAUUUAUAGUACUCUAAACUUUG